AUGGCAGGCGAAACCAUCUCCGACCGAAUUCUGAGGGAGGUCAAGGCCGAGCUGGCCGAUACGCCGUUCCAUUUCGAGUCUGGCCGUCUUCUCAGUGGCGGGACGGCGAACUUCAACUACAACGUCAAUCUGGUACACCCCUUGGCCGAUGGAACUACCGAGGUGGCUGUGAAGCACGGCGAAGACUUUCUUGCCCAAAACCCGGAUUUCAAACUCCCCAAGUCGCGAUGCCGGAUCGAGGAAUCGUGCUUGAAAUACCUCUCUGCGCUACCGCCAACCGUUGGUAACAAGACCAGCGUCGCUACGCCCAAGAUGCUCUACUUCAACGAAGUGACGAACACGCAGGUUCAGGAGUAUCAGCCGAAUCCUCUGAGCCUCAAGAACUACGCCCUGCAACACUUCGUGGCCCCGGUUUCCGAAUCGGUCAAACUGCAGUGUCUCGAUGUUGGCGAGAGCGUGGGCAAGUGGCUCCGGGGAUUCCAUGAAUGGAGCAACUCCACGAAGCAGCGCAAGUUCCGCGAAAUCGCGGCGGCGAACAAGGAGAUGCAGAAGCUCAAGCACUGUGUGAACUAUGAGCGCCUCCCCAGCUCCAUUGAAAGGUUCCCGUCCAUUCUCGGCAAUUGUGCCAAUACCUUCACGGCUAUUGUUGAAAAGACGACGAGGGAGAUGGAGAAAGACGAAAAUUUGCAGGUUAUACACGGCGACUUUUGGACUGGAAACAUCCUCUUGAAGUGCCAGCCUUGGGACAGCGAACGCAACCGCCUUCUUGUCGUGGACUGGGAGAUGUGCAUGUUGGCUGUUGCCCCUCUCGACCUGGGCCAAAUGAUUGCAGAGCUCUAUGAGUUGAAGCUCUACAAGGACAUGGACGCUGGACCUUGGAUGAUACAGGGUUUUCUGAAGGGCUACGGCGUAGUUGACGAUGACUUUGCCUUCAGAACUUUGCUUCAUGUUGGCGUCCAUCUAAUCGGCUUCGGUACAACUGUGCAGGACUGGGGCACGGAACAGCAGAUCAAGGGCGUAGCCUCUGAAGGACGGGAUUUGGUGAUGAAUUCUUGGGAGAAGAACCGCGAGUUCUUCGAAUGUCACCCUCUGGGCUGUAUCUUCUCCCCAAGCUAG